GUUAGGGAGAGAAGACGAUGGGGUGUACGCUGAGCACCGACGACAAGGCUGCGCAGGAGCGGAGCAAGAUGAUCGACAGGAAUCUGAGGGAUGACGGAGAAAAAGCUGCUCGGGAGGUCAAGCUUCUUCUGCUCGGUGCUGGAGAGUCUGGGAAAAGUACCAUUGUUAAACAGAUGAAGAUCAUCCAUGAAGCUGGUUACUCAGAAGAAGAGUGCAAGCAGUACAAGGCCGUGGUCUAUAGCAACACCAUCCAGUCCAUCAUUGCUAUCAUAAGGGCCAUGGGACGCCUUAAGAUCGACUUUGCUGAUCAGGCCAGAGCGGAUGAUGCUCGCCAGCUGUUCAUUCUUGCGGGUUCAACAGAGGAAGGCUUCAUGACAGGUGAGCUGGCUGGAGUGAUCCAGCGGCUGUGGAAGGACGGGGGCGUCCAGGCCUGCUUCAGCCGGUCCCGCGAGUACCAGCUCAACGACUCUGCAGCUUAUUACCUUAAUGACCUGGACAGGAUAUCCCACGCCUCUUAUGUUCCCACUCAGCAGGAUGUGUUGAGAACCAGAGUAAAAACCACAGGGAUCGUCGAAACACACUUCACUUUCAAGGACCUGCACUUUAAAAUGUUUGAUGUGGGUGGACAGCGAUCAGAGAGGAAGAAGUGGAUCCAUUGCUUCGAGGGAGUCACAGCCAUUAUCUUCUGCGUGGCUCUGAGCGACUACGACCUGGUGCUGGCUGAGGAUGAGGAGAUGAAUCGAAUGCAUGAAAGCAUGAAGCUGUUUGACUCCAUCUGCAACAACAAGUGGUUUACAGACACCUCCAUCAUCCUUUUCCUCAACAAGAAGGACCUCUUUGAAGAGAAAAUUAAAAAGAGCCCUCUCACAAUCUGCUUCCCGGAAUAUGCAGGCUCAAACACCUACGAGGAGGCGGCGGCGUACGUUCAGUGCCAGUUUGAGGACCUAAACAAAAGAAAAGACACCAAGGAGAUCUACACUCAUUUCACGUGUGCCACCGACACCAAGAACGUGCAGUUUGUGUUUGACGCCGUCACUGACGUCAUCAUCAAGAAUAACCUGAAGGACUGCGGCCUUUUCUGAAGGGCUGCAUGGCAGUUACUUUCCCAAGUGACUUUUUUCAUCUGGAGUCUGAGUGGAGGCGGCUUAGAGGACCCUGCUGAGAACGUCACUUUUAACCUCUUAUUAACUUAUGUUCAUCUCUAAAAGUUAUGAAGACGGUGUGUAGAAAAAACCUUUUGUGUAAAAUAUUUGUACAACAGUU